CGGAUGACGGGUGGCGGUGCUCGGAUUUGCUCGGAACAUCUCCGGUACGGCGCGCGGAAGAAUGUUCUUCUGGACCAAGUGAGUGCGCGAGUGCUCAGAAGUACGAAAACUUUCGCGGUGCAUAUAAACUGCAAGUUUUUUUUAUUGCGGGGCAUAUGUGUUAAAUUACUUUUUUUAUUUUUAUCAUGAUAUUAGACAGUGAUUUGGCAAUCUCGUGAUUUCAUUUCCCUUCAAACUAUUUAAUUAACCAGGGAUUGACGUCGAUGUUUACCGAAAACACCACGUACUCGUUAUCGAAAUUCACAAGACGGUACUCGCCAGAAUUUUACGACGACGGCGACGGCGUCGUCGUCAAAAUAGAAUCGCACUCUUUAUUACGGAUGAUCAAACAACGGCACCUAUUAAGUAUUCUUGGGGCAGGAUGGCGAGUAACAAGACAACAGGUAGUGUCUUGCAAUUUAGACCCAUUGAAGUAUCUCAACAAUUACAAGAUGGAGAGAAAUUCAUUAAAUGGGAUGAGGAUUCUGGUAUAGCAACUCCAGUAACUUUGAAGGUAGACAAGUUUGGAUUUUAUCUGCAUUGGGUGGACCAACAUAAUGAGAUGGAUAUGUUGGAUAUUGCAGUAAUAAGAGAUACUAGAACUGGAAAACAUGCAAAAGUACCAAAGGAUCCUAAAUUGAAAUGUCUUGUGACAAUGGGUUCUCAAGAUUCUUUAGAAGAAAAGACAGUAACAAUUUGCUAUGGAUCUGAUUUUGUCAAUAUGAAUUUUAUUAACUUCUGUACAACACGAGCAGAAGUUGCACAACAUUGGACAGAACAAAUUUUCCAGCUUGCAUAUAAUUUAUCUUUAUUAAAUAUCAGCACAACUAUGUUUUUACAAAAAGCACACACUAAACUUACACUUGCAGCUGAUAAGUCGGAAAAGAUUCCUGUGAAGAAAAUGAUGUAAUAUCGUUACAAAAAUUUCAAUUUGAAGAUUUUUUCAACUUUUAUAAGUCUCUUACUCAACGGUCAGAUGUUGAAAAAGUUUUCGAACGCAUCGUAGGCAAUAAUAAGCGUAGGCUAAUGUCUGUCACUCAAUUUGUUGAUUUUUUGAAUAAAACUCAAAGAGAUCCGCGUUUAAACGAGAUAUUAUAUCCUUAUGCAAAUGAAGCGAGAGCAAAGGACAUUAUAAAUCAAUACGAACCAAAUAAAUGUAAUGCUAGUCGGGGUCAACUAAGUUUCGAUGGAUUUUUGAGGUAUUUGAUGAGCGAAGAUAACCCAAUCGUAGCUUUAUCGAAACUUGAAUUGUCGGACGAUAUGGACCAGCCACUCGCACAUUACUUUAUAAAUUCUAGUCACAACACAUACUUAACAGGACAUCAACUUACCGGAAAAAGUUCCGUCGAAAUAUAUCGUCAGUGUCUACUUGCUGGUUGUCGAUGUGUAGAAUUGGAUUUUUGGAAUGGAAAAUUUGAUGAACCUGUCAUUGUUCAUGGAUAUACGUUUGUACCUGAAAUAUAUGCACGGGAUGUAAUUGAAGCAAUUGCUGAAAGUGCUUUCAAAACAUCAGAAUAUCCUGUUAUCCUUAGUUUUGAAAAUCAUUGCAAUCCAAGACAGCAAGCUAAAAUAGCUCAGUAUUGUAGAGAAUUAUUUGGAGAAAUGCUGCUAGAUGCACCUCUUGAAACUCACAAGUUGGAACCAGGACAGGAAUUACCACCUCCCUUCUUAUUGAAACGUAAGAUUAUAAUUAAAAACAAAAAGAAACAUCAUCAUAAGAAAAAAGAACAUAAGAAAAAGGAACCGAUACCAAUAGUAUCUGAAGAAGAAACUCAAGAAAACGAAGAUAAUGGAGUUAUGAAUCAAGUGGCAGAAGGAGAGAAUGGCCCACCACCAGAUAUUGUUUCUCAGGCUGAAACGACCGAUAAUGAUCAGCAGAUUGGAAAUGGAGAUAUUUCGCAUCCUCCUAUGUUACAGCAAAGGCAAAGCAGCAAAGAUAGUACUCAGGAUGAUGAAGAUGAUGAAGAGGAAUCAAGCACAGAAGAAGAUGAAUCAAAUGUGGAGGAUAGUAAGUGUGAUAAAGUGCCUGCAGCUGACAAAGCAUCUAGUGCGAAAGAAACGGAAGCUGGAGCGGAAAUUUCAGCUUUAGUUAAUUAUGUGCAACCUGUUCAUUUCAAUAGUUUUGAAUCGGCUGAAAAAAAAAAUCGUAUGUACGAGAUGUCAUCAUUCGACGAAAAACAAGCUACGACGCUUUUAAAAGAAAGACCAUUAGAGUUUGUAAAUUAUAAUAAGCAUCAACUAUCUAGAGUGUAUCCGGCAGGUACGCGUUUUGAUUCCAGCAAUUUUAUGCCUCAAGUGUUUUGGAAUGCGGGUUGUCAGUUGGUUGCAUUAAAUUAUCAGACACUUGAUCUUGCAAUGCAAUUAAAUUUGGGAAUUUUCGAAUAUAAUCAACGUUGUGGAUAUCUUUUAAAGCCAGAGUUUAUGAGACGAAAGGAUCAAAGAUUGGAUCCUUUCGCGGAAUCAACUGUAGACGGUAUUAUAGCGGGAACUGUUCAUAUACAUGUAAUAUCGGCCCAGUUUUUAACGGAUAAAAGAGUGGGUACUUAUGUAGAAGUAGAUAUGUAUGGUUUGCCAGCAGACACAGUGAGAAAGAAAUUUCGUACGAAAAUUGUUCCAAACAAUGGAAUCAAUCCUGUGUAUGAUGAGGAACCCUUUAUAUUUAAAAAGGUUGUUUUGCCUGAACUUGCUUCAAUUAGAAUUGCUGCAUACGAGGAAUCAGGUCGUUUAAUUGGCCACAGAGUGUUACCUGUAGUUGGAUUAUGUCCAGGCUAUCGACAUGUUGCUCUUAAAACAGAAUGUGGUCAAUCAUUACCAUUAGCAAGUUUAUUUUUACACGUAAUUGUGAAGGAUUACGUACCAGAUGGGUUGAGCGAGCUUGCCGAAGCAUUGGCAAAUCCAAUUAAAUACCAAAGUGAAACAGAAAAGAGGGAAAAGCAAUUAUCGGUUCUUACAGAUUGCGCCGAAGAACCGGAGGAAAUUGAUGAGGAAAUUGUCAAGACAAAAAGAUUACAAUCUAUUGGUGAAUUACCUACACUUGCUCCGACAUCUACGAAUAUUCAUGGUAGACCAUCUAUUGCUGGUAUAAAUACGUCUGAUACACAAGAUAAUGAGGAUGCAACACCAACUCCUACGGUUCAAGUUGAUGCUUCUACAAACAAAAGUCCAGUUAAUGCCAGCGGUAUGAGCGAUGAAAUAGUGGCUGAAUCAUUAGAAAAACUAAUGGAAAACAAACUUGUACGAGAAAAAAAGUUGGAGCUCGAGAAAAAGCUCGAAUCAUUACGGAAAAAACAUGAGAAAGAAAAAUUAAGGAUGCAAGCGCAAAAAGGGUCCAUUGAUGGUGAAAAGCAUAAAUCAAAAUUUUAUGUCAGCCAUAAAUUAGUGAAACGGUUGUCGAGUAGAAAUAUUUUUUCAAGCGAAGUAGGCUUGAGUACGUUAGCUUUGGCAGAAACGUCGGAUUGCCCAAACAUAGAAAAUCGAGAAGGAAAUGGUGGAGCCCCAAAAGGACUACCUAGAAGUCAGAGCGAACGUUUGUUGGCUGUAUGUAAAGCUCAUGUGCAACAAGAACGAGAACUUCAAGAAAAGUAUUAUGAAAAUCUGUUUGUAACUGUAGAGAAAGUAAUGAAAACCUCUCAAUCUAACCAAUUAAAAACAUUGAGAGCACAUUUGGAUCGAGAAACCGCUGAUGUUAUGAGGAAGCUUCAAGCUACGAGGCAUGGAGAGGUAAAACAACUAGCAAAAGUACAUAAAGAUAAGGCCGAGUUAGAUCGUAUGAAGAGGGAAGUUGCAAAGUCCACAGUUGAAAAAGGUGUGAAUGAGUGCACGCGAUUAACAAAAAUUUAUGAGAAAAAGAAGGCAGAACUUGAACGACAGCACGAACAAGUUCGGCAAAGGCUAGAAGCAGAAAGGGCAAAGGUCAAAGCAACUCUAAUGGCAGAGUAUAGCAGUCGAUGUAGUAAAUUCGAGAGUGGAGAACUACCUUUGUCGCCAUCCGGUGGAACUAGUAUGCCGGAAUCUCUUAGUGGAAAUAUGUAUUGACUGAAACGAUCAAUAACCUAAUAUCGAUAAUAUCGACGUUUCGUAACGACAUAAUUCUAUAAAUUUAUGGCAGUAAACUGCUUUUACUGAAAGUGUGUAUCUAUUUCGGAAGUUGAUAGUGACAGAUUUGCUACUUUGUAACAAAGAGGAAUCGUAGCAGCGAUGUAAUGAUAAGAAUUUCAUGAAGUCUACGCAGUUACCUGUUUUUUGCCGAACUAGUUUUAUUCAUUUUCAAAAAAAUCUCUUUUGCAAAACGUACAGCAUUUACGAGGUGAUGUAUGAUUUUGACGAGCAGAAUGCUAUCAAGUUAGAAGGUAAUUGUUAUAUAAUAUUUUAUCCACGAAGCAUUUUAUAAAUUACAAAGGAUAUCUUUUAAAAAGAUUUGAUGAUCUGACAAGCAACAUUUUAAUCAAUUAUUAUAGAUAAAUGCGUUCGAACACGUAAAUUUCGCCGCAUAUGAGCUAUUAUGAAACGUAUGAAAUGUCGACUAACACGUUAAGACUAUUUUCUAUUUCGAAAUUCUUUGAAAGAUUAAUAAUAUAUUUCGAUCGAUUGUUUAAUCGAUUGAUUUUCUGCGCAUGCGGGAACGCCAUUUUGAUCUCAACACGGAAAGUAGCAUUGACCAUUGCGUUCGCAAGGAUAGAAAGUGAGGUUUAUCUUUUCUUUUCUUUUAUUUUCUUGUUUUUAUCCAAUGUUACUUACGUAUAGUAUUAAACGCACUAUUUCUCUUUACACUCAAGACUAUCGCCGCCAGUGUCGAGAUUUUGUUUCAUUUUAAAAGUUAAUAAAAUUUCGGAUGGUGAGAGCGAAGGGAAGCGAUUGGAGAGGUACACGAUUCUAAAUAAGAAUAAUGUUUCUAAGUGCUACUAUUUAAUCUUGUUAUUAUAUGUAUAAGAUGUUAUUUAAUUAACGAGUCGAUGCUAAAUCGCGUUCCAGGAUACUCGGGUUGUUUGUAAUACGAAAAUGCACUAUUGAUCGGUACAUUGGUCGAAUUUCGUUGAACUCAUAACGAUGAAGGAAGUAUGCUAGCGAUGGUGAAAUCUCUUUGGCCUAGAGGUAAGGGACGCGAUUCGGAUAAAGUUUACGAUUCGGAUGGGCGCGUGCGUGAUUUGAUAUAUUUUUGACUGAAAGUACUCCGUAUAAAGACAUUUUUUGAAUAGUCCGUAUCGUAAAUGAUAAAAAGACCGUAUUGUAUAAACAAAGCAAGUCUAGAAAAACUUACAAAAAAACAAACAAGAGAAAAAGGAAACUAGAUUUUAAUGGGAACGUUUCUAGCGUUUUUCUACCGCGCGAUUUCAAGCUGCGGCCAUUUUGAGGCCGGAGCGAAACGAUUGGGGCGAGCCUCUUUUAGGAAGACAAUCAAAAAUGUUACACUGUAACAUUGUCCUUGUUGUUUCUAAUUGUAUGAUAUUUUAAGUAAUUCGAUAUUACACAUGCAU